AUGUCUUCCGGCUUGAUUCGAUCGGACAAGUUUGAAUCUUCGGUUCUGACUCUUGGAAGGGUCUUGCGGGCCUUGAUUUGCAGGCCAUUCAGUGGGAUCUUGUUCACACAUACACAUGCUGGCACACAUUCUGGGCUGCUCUAUGAACGUCGUGUUCGUGCUGGUAUCAGUAAGAAAAGUAAAUGCCCGGGACCGACCCAAGGGCCUUCGUAUGAGGAUGAGGAGUAUGAGGUUGUGUCCCCUUGCCAGUCGACCUAA